CGAUGACCUAACAUAGAAAAUUAGGGGAGGAAACUUCCGGUAUUAACUUCACGAAGGAGAGGUGUAGACGAUAAAUUGAAAUCGUCUUUUACUUUUGAAAUGGACAGCAAUGGAAGAAAGGUUGUUGUGUGUGACAAUGGCACAGGGUUUGUAAAGUGUGGAUAUGCUGGUUCUAACUUUCCUGCACACAUUUUCCCAUCUCUGGUGGGGAGACCAAUCAUCAGGUCCACCUCCAAAGUAGGAAACAUUGAAAUUAAGGAUAUAAUGCUUGGAGAUGAGGCAAGUGAGUUACGGUCCAUGCUGGAGGUGAAUUAUCCAAUGGAGAAUGGGAUUGUCAGGAAUUGGGAUGACAUGCUGUUGCUGUAUGACUACACAUUUGGUCCAGAAAAACUAAACCUGGAUUGCAGGAACAGUAAAGUUCUGCUGACAGAACCUCCCAUGAAUCCUAGCAAAAACAGAGAAAAAAUGAUAGAGGUUAUGUUUGAGAAAUAUGGAUUUGCAGGUGUAUAUAUUGCAAUUCAGGCAGUUUUGACAUUAUAUGCCCAAGGUUUACUAACAGGGGUGGUUGUAGACUCCGGUGAUGGAGUGACACACAUCUGUCCUGUAUAUGAAGGAUUUGCCCUGCCUCAUUUAACCCGUAGAUUAGAUAUUGCUGGUCGAGACAUCACUAGAUAUCUAAUUAAGUUGCUAUUAUUACGUGGCUAUGCAUUCAACCAUUCUGCUGACUUUGAAACUGUUCGAAUGAUGAAAGAGAAGUUAUGUUAUGUCGGAUAUGAUAUUGAACAAGAGCAAAAAUUAGCUUUGGAAACAACUGUGCUAGUAGAAUCUUACACAUUACCAGAUGGUAGGGUAAUACGGGUCGGUGGUGAGAGAUUCGGUGCUCCUGAGGCCUUAUUCCAGCCCCAUCUUAUCAAUGUCGAUGGAGUGGGAGUGGCAGAACUUCUCUUCAAUACAAUCCAGGCAGCUGACAUGGAUACGCGACCAGAGUUUUAUAAACACAUCGUCUUAUCAGGGGGCUCGACCAUGUACCCAGGCCUGCCCAGUCGACUAGAGAGGGAAAUUAAACAGCUCUAUUUAGAGAGGGUACUGAAGGGGGAUACCACAAGACUGUCUAAAUUCAAAAUAAGGAUAGAAGAUCCCCCAAGACGAAAACACAUGGUAUUCCUUGGAGGCGCAGUUUUAGCAGAUAUUAUGAAGGACAAGGAGAGUUUCUGGAUGACACGACAAGAGUAUGAAGAAAAAGGAAUCCGAGUGUUGGAUAAACUGUUAGCAGGACCACAGUGAUAAAUCUUAUACUAGUACCUAACCAAAUUCCAUUCCACAGCACACACUCUCAUGGCUAACAUCCUCAUUAAGGGAUUACUUUAAUGUCUGAGAAAUAAGGAUAUACUUUUCAAGGGUAUAAUUUGAUAUUUCAGGUGACUGUAAACAUUUUAACAUUUUUUAAAUAAAAAUUCCAACAGCUAUGAUUUACUCAAAAUUUUUUUUACCAUACAUGUAUUUGAUUUUCUAGAUCCAGUUAUAUAUAGAUUAUUGAUAAAAUUAAUUUUAAUCACAAAUUUAGCUGAAUGAAUAGAUGGUUCAUAAUGAUAUGUAUUUUCGUUGGCUUAAAGGUCUUAAAAAAAUUAUGCAAGAGCUGUUAGAAAGAAAUUUUCUUAACUCUAUGAAUGAACUAAUUAUCAUGGUGCCUUUAUGGUUUGGAUAAAAGAAUGGGUGCAUUAAUCAUGUGAUAUGAGAAGUGGCGUAAAUAUGCAUAAGUUGUGGACAGCAAUCAUUAUAUUUGUAUAGAAUGAUCAAAUCCUUAGUAGGGUGCUUUCUGCUCUACAUCUGAUGUUUUAUUUAUAUACUGAUGGUCAGUCUGUGUCUAUCUUUUUCUGUAUAUUAUUAUAAUAUGGAUUACUUUAUCAUUGAUAUAGAAGAUUUCAAAGUAUUUGAAUGUACACUUGAAGAAGAAUAAGUUAUAUAAAUUAUAUAAUACAUAUUCUAUGUAUUAAAAGAGUACUAUUUUUUAAUUUGUUUUAAUGACAUGUCUAAAUAUUAAUAAGAUUUUAUAAAGGAUUAAGUGAUAUACAGUGUUAGUACAAAAGGUCACAUUUUUUGUUACAUUUGCUGAUGCAAUGCAAUAAACAUUGUAUAAAAAAGCUUAUGUAAUCAUCAUUUCAAAAUAGAAUAUCUACAUAUUUACAAUGUUUUGUCUCAUCAGAGUCUUUGAGCGAAGAAACAAUGGUGCAUGGGUGCAUGGUUACCAUGCAACACAGUCAAUGAAACCAACAUUGCCUGAAAUUUGAAAUUAACAUAUUUACAUUGUUCAACAUUUGCUAAAUAUUGUAUAUUUCAAUGAAUUGCAUGUUCAGGUCAAAAUGUUGGAAUGAGUGAUUUCCAAAGCAGAUGUUUUAUCUUGAUAAUAGCAAUAUUAAAAAAAAGAUAUAUAUAAUAGUAAAAAUGGUCAAAUAUUAUUCAACAAUUUUUUAAUAAACUUGAAAAAUAAA